AUGGGAGAACAUAAGUUUGGAUCCUAUCACCUGAAAUGGGCAACCUGGCAAGGCCUAUUGGAAGUGAAUUCUAAGAACUUUCAUGCCAACAGAAAAUUUAAAUCUGACAGGAAUCCAAGUUCUCUUGAGCAUAGGGGGGCAACAAUUCACAAAGAGUGCCAGAAGUUUCAAGGCUUGUAUGACGAGGUUGAGCAUCUUCAUCCUAGUGGAGUGCCAUACCAGGAACAUAUUAGGCAUAUCGAGAAGUUUGUGUCCCCUCUCAACAACAAAAGGCCAAGGGAAAGCAAUUCACAAGCAGCAACAGUGGCUGUGUUUGAUGUAGAAGAUGGUGAGAGUAGAAAGAGCCAAACCCAUGGGCAUUCCAUGCCUAGCAGUAAAAGGCCUAUGGGUAGGAAGCAAGCAAAGGAGAAGCUGAAGAAAGGAGAACAAAUGGACUAUAACUUGGUAAAGAAAUUUCUUGCAGAUUUCAGCCCAGGAAACAGGGCCUAUGUGUGA